AUGGCUGCCAGCUGGCGCCGCACGGGGGCUUUGAUUACUCAAUUCAUAGAUUUCGAUGCCAGGCAUGUUGAGAAGGUCAAGAUGCUUGAGGGGAAAAACACAGAACUGCUCAAUCAAAACAUCAAGCUAGCCGAACAACUGAAGACGUUUCAGGCUACCCUGACCAAAGCCCUUGCAGUAAAAGAGAAGUUUAGGGAGGCUUCUAAACUUAACUUCCAAGAAGCCAAAAAGCUUGAGGAUGACCUAAUCGCUAGCAGGAAGGAAACUGAAGGGCUGGAGGGGCGCAUCAAAGAGCUCGAGAAGACCAAUGACAGCAACUUGGAGAGGUAUAAGGGAGCCACCUCUAACUACUUCUACACAUUCUGGAAACACAACUGCGAGGCAGACUUCAGCUAUCUCUCCGAGCGCAUGAGCGAAACUAAAAUAAAAUGGAGCCUUGCUCAUUUGGAGGAAGAGGAGAGAGCAAAAAUCCCAGCCUCCCCCGAAAUCUCCUUGGCUAUGAGCAUUGACGGCGUGGAAGAGGAAGCUGCGACCUCUGUCGACCAGCAAACUCCUCAUGACCCUCCUGCUGCUUCAUAA